CUGCGCUGUAGGAGAGACAGAAGAAGAGCUGAGAAGAUGAAGGAGAGUACUUGACAGAAGCGUGUUUAGCUUGUUAGCUAAAUAACCGCACAGCCGAGCGCUUAUACUCUGCUUACUCCGCUCCGAGGCACAUCCGCUCCUCUAAGGGCACUAGGAUUUCAUAUUUAGGACAAACGUGCAGUCGACAGCGCGUUUCGGAGCUUCGCAGCCAUGCAGAUCACCCUGAAGACCCUGCAGCAGCAAACCAUUCAUAUCGACAUCGACGACGACCAGACGGUGAAGGCCUUGAAAGAAAAGAUAGAGGCAGAGAAAGGCAGGGACAGUUUUCCAGUUUCAGGACAGAAGCUGAUCUAUGCGGGCAAAAUUCUGCAAGACGAUACGCCGAUCAAAGAGUACAAAAUCGAUGAGAAGAACUUUGUCGUUGUCAUGGUAUCGAAGCCAAAGCCUCCACCAGCACCUGAGCCGCCAAAGUCUGUUUCCACAGCAACACCAUCGUCCUCCUCUUCCACUCCCCCUGUUCCCUGUCCAGCAGCUAUACCUUUCUUCUCUGAUGAGGAAACAUCACCAUGUGACCCCCCUGCUACAGUCUCACCGACACACAGCCCGGAACAUCCUGGUCUUGGUGAAGAAGAAGAGGAUUCAUCUUCAGUAUUAGAUCCGGAGUACCAGUCUAUGUUAACACAGAUCAUGUCUAUGGGCUAUGAGAAGGAGAGAGUGGUGGCCGCUCUGAGGGCCAGUUUCAAUGACCCUAACCGCGCUGUGGAGUACCUACUUAAUGGUAUUCCUACAGUCCCUGUGCAGGAGACCAGCCCUGCAUCUGCCCGCAUACCUGGCACAGACACACACUCAACUGAGGGAGAGAACCCUCUGGAGUUCUUGCGUUCUCAGCCACAGUUCCAGAACAUGCGACAUCUGGUCCAGCAGAACCCAUCCUUACUGCCGUCGCUGCUGCAGCAGCUGGGCCGAGAGAACCCCGAGCUCCUGCAGCAAAUCAGACAACACCAGGAGCUGUUUAUUCAGAUGCUGAAUGCACCGGCGGGGGAGGGGCCUGAGGGGGCUGAGCAUGCUGACCUGGGAGCUAUGGGAGAUGAAGGAGCACCUGUGGAUUACAUCCAGGUUACAGCACAGGAGAAAGAGGCCAUUGAGAGGUUAAAAGCUCUGGGUUUCCCCGAGGCACUGGUGGUGCAGGCGUAUUUCGCCUGUGAGAAGAACGAAAACCUGGCCGCAAACUUCCUGCUCAAUCAGGAUGAAUGAGAUGCACAAACCCGCCUCCCUCUUCAAAGCCAUGCCCCUCCACCAUCCUACACACAAGCGCUGUGUUCUCUUUAGACACCAGUUCUUGCCAUUAUUACAUUCAGUUAGGGCAAAUGAAUAAAGCUGGGCAGGGCUGUACAAGGGAGUUAUAGGGGGUUGGGUGAAAAAGGCACAAAUUUCAAUCAGUCCGACUGAAUGAAUGCACUCAAACAUGUACGAGGCGUUUUAUGUAUGUGAGAGUGAGCGAGAGAGACUGAGAAUGUGUGGAAAAGAACAAAUGAAAGAUUGUAAAUGGGACGACGUUAAGAAAGUGCAGUAGGUAGUGUUGCUGGAAGAUAAUCUAGACUGUGUUUAGGGUUGGUACGAGUGUGUGUGAGUGUGAGUGUGAAUUAUCUUAAUUUUUGUUUUUCUUUAAGUAAAUAUUAACUGUUAAGUACUGGUUAAAGCUACACUAUGUAAGAUUUUGAACCUUUUUCCAGGCACCUGUACUCUCAAUUGAAGUAAAUGACCAUUUCAAAGAAACAGUCACUUAAAGUGAUAAUUCGCCAAAAUAAAAAUCUAAUUUGCGCCCCCCCUCCCCCCACCCCAAAUGUAAGUAGUCAAGACAUGUUUAGUUGCAAAGCUAAUGCAGCUAACAAGUAAUGGAAACUUACAAGACUACCGCACUGUUAGCAUCAUGUAAACUGCAUGCCUCCUUGUUUUUAGAUAACAGUAUGUCAUAAAUUGUGUACAAAAGCAGGAGAUCGCUUAAUCCAGGCAUGUCAUUUAUACAGUAUUAAUUGGUGGUCUGUAAGCUUCUAUUAUUAGCUACAUUAGCCUUGUAGCUCUUGUACAAAACUAAAAAAAAAGCAUGUUUUGGCUGACUACAUUUGAGGUAAGUGGAAAAUGUGUACGUUUUAUUUUUUGCUGAAACAUUUCUUGAAGCAAAAUGAAAUAUUGAUUGUAUAUACAUUUAUACUGACUCACAGUUGUAGGCAAACGUUUGCCUUUAGUUAAAUGACAUUUUGUUCAUGCAUCCUCUACAGAGAACACACUUCAGCACAUUUUAUUACACAAUGAUUGUUUAUUUGCUAAAUAUAACAUAUUGUGGGGAAAAAAUCAUAAAGUGUUGCCAGUGCAGAAUGGCACAUAUUAUAAUUUUGUCCCUAUUAUGUUAAAUUCAGCAAGCAAAUAGAAAAUGUGCACUAAAAUUGGAAGGAAAAAGUUCAUAAUUAAGUUUAUUCUCUGUAGAGGAGACAAAACAUAAUUUGACUGAAGGUAUGCAAACUUUUGCAUACCACUGUAUGCAGCCCAGACUUUUAAGUAUGAGUUUGAAUGACAGUACACUCAUAACUGCAAGUUGUGGUGUCCAACCUAAACGUCUAGCCUAUAUUUCAUAAGGCCUGUAUUGGGCUUAAGUGCAAUACAUAGAAACGCAUGUCUUGUAGGACUUCUUCAAUAAUCUCCCUUAGUUUAUCAAUAUUAAAGUAAACAUUUCAAAAACACUAUCGUUUUUCAUUAUAAACAUUUCGGAAUCUUACAGAGUUUAUCUAAAUAACGGAUGUUAGGUUUAUGCUGUGCUAUUCUAAGAUCUGCUCUUUUGAAUGCCCAAC